CCCUGAAGAAACCACAAAGCCUCUUAUCAGUUGCAAACGAAUCUUUCUUCUCUGCAAGAAAGCCUAAAGAAAUCUCCGAUCUCGUCUCUCAAAUUGCCUCUAUAUAAAAAAGAAAAAAACGAAGAGAGGCUUACAAAAUUAUCUGCAUUCAAUUGGAUUGCCGCACGACAACAAACCAUACCAAUUACCAACAAUGGCAAAAGAUGGAGUGACGUACGAGGACUUCGAACCUUUCUGCCAAUGGAAAAGACUCGAUGACUCUGACGUUCUUGAGGUUCAUCUCCCAGAAUUCAAGAAGGAAGAAUUGAGGGUUCGGAUCAGUAACAACGCUCUCCUUACAGUUUCCGGCGAGCGCCUAAAAGCCAAUGAUCCGAAGAAGAUCAAAUUCAACAGAGAAUUCAAACUAUCAAAGGAUAUAUACCCAGACCAAAUCCGUGCCAAAUUCGGUAGCAGUGUUCUUUCGAUCACGAUGCCUAAGAAAGCAUCAGCGGGUGUCGGCAAACCAGAAGCGGGCGUAUCCAACUCCGAGGGUAAACGAACAGCAGACAGUGAUAAUGAUAAGCCAAAGAACUUCAUAUCAAGUCGAUUCUCGAGGUUGAAAUUGAGCAAGCAGACGGCCGCGGCCAUGGCGGUUGCAGCGGUGAUUCUGGCAUUGGGAGCUUACUAUUUAACAAAAAACUAGGGAUGAUCUUGCAACGCUGCAAACGUUUGUUUAUUUGUGGGAAACUACAUAAUACAGAAUAUAUCAAAUGUGUACACUUUUUAAUUUAGAUUCAUGAAUAAGUAUUCAUUUGCUAUGA